AUGACGAAAGUUCUUGGAAAAGUGGUUUUGGGAGUCACGGUGGAAACAGGGGUCGGGGCUUUAGGGGAGGAGGUGGAGGCUUCAAGAGCUUCAGUUCAGUUGAUGGUGGCAGCUCCUGGAACACUGGUGGAGACGGAUUCAGGGGAAGAGGAGGCAGAGGCAAGUAGUCAGGAACGUGAUGAAAAUGACCACGAUGAAGGUUUCAGAGGUGGGCGUGGGGGAAGAGGAGGCCGUAGACCUUUCCGACAAGGUGGUGAUGCAGAAGGCAGGAGACAGUUUGGUGGAGGAUAUAGAGGACGGGAUGAGGAGGUGUUAUCUAAGGGCUCGCAGAAGGAUGACGAGGAAAAAGAUGUCAGGACUGCAGGGCCCAAGGUCAACUAUGUACCCCCUCCACCACCAGAAGAAGAGGACUCCAUUUUUGCCCACUAUGCGACAGGCAUCAACUUUGACAAGUAUGAUGAUAUCCUUGUGGAUGUAAGUGGAAGCAACCCACCCAAAGCAAUCAUGACAUUUGAAGAAGCACAACUCUGUGAGACACUUAACAGAAAUGUUGCCAAGUCAGGAUAUGUGAAGCCUACUCCUGUUCAGAAGCAUGGGAUUCCUAUUAUUUCUGCUGGAAGGGAUCUUAUGGCUUGUGCCCAGACUGGAUCUGGAAAAACGGCUGCCUUCCUGCUGCCUAUUCUGCAGCGUCUCAUGAGCAACGGUGCAGCAGCCAGCAAAUUCAAAGAGGUGCAGGAGCCUGAAGUAGUCAUCGUGGCUCCAACGAGGGAACUCAUUAAUCAGAUUUACCUAGAGGCCCGCAAGUUUGCUUAUGGGACUUGUGUGCGUCCUGUCGUCGUUUAUGGAGGCACAAGCACUGGAUUUUCAAUUCGAGAAGUGUUAAAGGGUUGUAACGUGUUGUGUGGGACCCCUGGACGAUUGCUCGACAUUAUUGGUCGUGGAAAGGUUGGACUGAGUAAAGUUCGUUAUUUGGUGCUGGAUGAAGCGGACCGAAUGUUGGACAUGGGCUUUGAGCCAGAUAUGCGAAAGCUGGUGAACUCUCCAGGAAUGUCUCCUAAAGAAGAACGGCAAACCCUGAUGUUCAGUGCCACCUAUCCAGAGGAUAUUCAAAGGCUGGCAGCUGAUUUCCUUAAGGUGGAUUAUUUGUUCCUGGCUGUCGGAGUGGUGGGAGGAGCCUGCAGUGACAUCGAGCAGCACAUCAUUCAAGUCACUCAGUACUCGAAGAGGCAGCAUCUGCUGGAUAUGCUAAAGACCACAGGGACCCAGAGGACUAUGGUCUUUGUUGAAACCAAAAGAAGUGCGGAUUUCAUUGCAACAUUUCUCUGUCAGGAAAAAGUACCCACUACUAGCAUCCAUGGCGAUCGGGAGCAGCGAGAGCGGGAGAAAGCUCUCAGCGACUUCCGCACAGGCCAGUGUCCUGUCCUGGUAGCUACUUCUGUCGCUGCUCGAGGACUAGACAUUGAGCAUGUCCAACAUGUGGUGAACUUUGACCUACCAAAAACCAUCGACGAGUACGUGCACCGCAUCGGGAGAACAGGCCGUUGUGGAAACACAGGAAAAGCAGUGUCCUUUUUUGACCCAGAGCCUGAUACUCCUCUAGCUCGCUCUCUGGUCAAAGUCCUAUCAGGGGCACAGCAGGAAGUUCCUUCAUGGCUGGAGGAAAUUGCAUUCAAUGCUCAUGGCACCACAGGGUUCAACCCACGUGGGAACGUGUUUGCUUCUAGUGACACUCGCAGGGGUCGAUUCUUCCAGAAGAACCAGACACCACAACCAGCUGCACAGAAUACCUGCACUGCUGCAGGAGCUGAUGAUGAAGACUGGGAGUAGAUUUAGGUUGUGCAAUAUUCCUGUGUUCUGUUUUUUUAUAUAAUUUUUUUUUUUUUAUGUUCAAGAAAACAAGCCUAUGGGCCCAAAGUAAAUGUGUAGCGAAAGUAGAGUAUGGCAGGCCUUGAGCUAAGGCAUUGGAGAAAGAGCCACAGGUUCAACCUAAAGUUAAACUUCACAAUUUCAUGAACCGUUGCAUCACUUAACGGUUGAUGUGUUUGCACUUAAUGGUUUCCUUUGGUUUUUCAAUAGAACUGCUAGUAGGUAGAGGUCAGUGUGUGAAUGAUUCAGUACACAUUGAUUUUGUAGAAGCCUUCAACUUAAGGUUGGGUCUGCCCUUUUUCAACUAAUGCCUCUUCUGCCAAAUGUUUCUAGGUUGAAUUUUGAUUGUGUGUGGAGGUAGUUGUCUGGGGGAGUUGUUUUGCCAAUUUGCUCUGCCAAUAAAGUCACACACAACAGA